AGAAAAAGAUAAACCACUUAUAAAGAAUUUGUUUAAAUCACUCCUACUUGACCCCUUUUUUAAAAACCCUAAAUAAAUCUUUUAAACUAAUUCAUUCUCUCCAUUCUCCUCUCCUCAAACCCUAAAAGAAACAGCAAAGGGGCGCUGCUUGCACUUCCCAACAAUGGUGAAAAGGAGCAAAAAGAGCAAGAGCAAGAGGGUUUCACUCAAGCAAAAGUACAAGGUUAUAAGAAAAGUAAAGGAGCAUCACAAGAAGAAAGCUAAGGAAGCGAAGAAGUUGGGAUUGAACCGUAAGAGAAAGGUUGAGAAAGACCCUGGCAUCCCCAGUGAUUGGCCUUUCAAGGAACAAGAGCUCAAGGCUCUCGAGGCUCGUCGAGCUCGGGCACUCGAGGAAUUGGAGCAAAAGAAAGCUGCCCGAAAGGAGAGGGCAAAAAAGAGGAAGAUGGGUUUACUAGCGGAUGAUGACAAGGAACCUAUUGAAGAGGGAAAGGGAAUUAAUGAUUCUAUUGGAACUACUAAACCUCGGGAUAACUCAGAUAGAGCUUUCUACAAGGAGUUGGUUAAAGUCAUUGAAGCAUCAGAUGUCAUUUUGGAAGUCCUAGACGCAAGAGAUCCCCUCGGUACUCGUUGUAUUGAUAUGGAAAAGAUGGUGAUGAAAUCUGGUCCUGAUAAGCACCUGGUGUUGCUUUUAAAUAAAAUUGAUCUUGUUCCUCGAGAAGCUGUUGAAAAGUGGCUCAAAUAUCUUAGGGAAGAGUUACCAGCUGUUGCCUUUAAGUGCAGCACUCAAGAACAGAGAUCAAACUUGGGAUGGAAAUCUUCUUCAAAGGCAGCAAAGCCUAGCAAUCUUCUGCAAACUAGUGAUUGUCUUGGAGCAGAAACUCUCAUUAAAUUGCUGAAAAAUUACUCAAGAAGUCAUGAGAUAAAGAAGUCCAUAACUGUGGGUGUUAUUGGCCUGCCUAAUGUUGGAAAGAGUAGCCUAGUUAACAGCCUGAAAAGAUGCCACGUUGUCAAUGUUGGUGCUACUCCAGGGUUGACAAGAUCAAUGCAAGAGGUUCAAUUGGACAAGAAUGUAAAAUUAUUGGAUUGUCCUGGUGUUGUUAUGCUUCGAUCUGAAGGGAACGAUGCAUCAAUAGCUCUUCGAAACUGCAAAAGAAUUGAGAAGCUGGAUGAUCCAGUUGGCCCAGUGAAAGAUAUUCUCAAGCUUUGUCCUGAAAGACUCUUGGUAACAAUAUACAAGAUCCCUGGCUUUCAAUCAGUUGAUGAAUUCCUUCAGAAUGUUGCAACUGGAAGGGGUAAGCUUAAAAAAGGUGGUAUAGUGGAUGUUGAAGCUGCUGCAAGGAUCAUUUUGCAUGACUGGAAUGAAGGUAAAAUUCCAUAUUACAGCAUGCCUCCUGUUAGAAAUCAAGAAGAACCUUCCGAGGCGAGGAUUGUUACUGAACUUGGGAAAGAAUUCAAUGUUGAUGAGGUUUAUAACACUGAAUCUUCAUUCAUCGGAAGUCUCAAGUCAACCGAUGAUUUCCAUUCUGUUGAAGUUCCUGCUAGCCACCCUCUCAAGUUUGAUGAGGCUAUGCUAGAGGAUAAUGCCCAACCCUUGCAAUCAAUUGAAGGUGAUGAAAAGCAAGAAGAUACCUCUGAUAAUGGUGUUAAUGAUGAGCACAUGGCUUCCGAAGAAGAAGAUGCUGAAAAGGCAAAGUCAAAAUCUGCCUCGAGCAGGCAAAAUGAGAAGCUGUUUGCGGUAGAAGGCAUGCUGAACACAAAGAUGAAAAGAGCUGAGAAUAAGAGAAGGAAAAAAGCCAAAAAUAAAUUAACCCCAGGGGAUGAUGCUAUGGAUGAUGAUGGUGAUAAUGAUUAUGACUUUGGUGUGGAUUAUGUUAGGGAAAAGAGCAAAACUAGUGGAGGACUUCCAAUGUCAGGUGUUGAAAGUUGAUGAGUUAUGAGAACUAAACAUAGAAAAUUUGUGCAGACACUGAAGGUGUUGGAUCCAUGCAGGAUGAGAAAUUUUGUUUAAUCGAUGUAAUUCCUUUCAAUGCUGUCACUUGUUAAAGCGUUAUUUAAUGAAUGCUUACAUACUUUUUAAGAA